AUGUUAGUGUCGUUAGCGUUUGUGAUAGUGGCGUUCAGUUUACUGGUACUUUGUUGGAUUGUUGGCCGAUGGAGAAGAUGGAAACACUACAAACUAUCAACCGAUUUAGAUGGUCCACGGGAUUAUCCUUUAAUCGGUAGUGCGCAUCUAUUCCUCGGCAAGAGUACGGAGGAGCAGUUUCGGUGUAUACUGGACAUCAGCCAGAGCUAUCAAUCGCCCUGUCGUAUUUGGCUCGGACCGAAGUUGUUUGUGUUCAUUGAUAAUGCAGACGAUCUGCAGAUUGUGCUAAACUCGGCAAACUGUCUCGAGAAGGCAGACGUGUAUCGGUUUUUUCAGUGUGAAACGGGCUUGUUUUCGGCACCGGCCAACAUUUGGCGCGUGCAUCGUAAGCAUCUUAGCCCUUGCUUUAAUGCAAAAAUAUUGGCUAGUUUUGUUUCUAUAUUUAAUGUAAAAAGUGCCGUACUGGUAGAUCAACUGGUGCCGCAUGUGAAUAAAACGAAGUUGUUCAAUGUGUAUGAAUACAUUGCAAAAUGCACGCUGGAUAUGGUUUGUGCUACAACCUUAGGUACUAACAUGAACCUCCAGAAUGAGCAAGGUGACGAAUAUAUUGGUGCAAUUGAAAGAGCAUCAGAAUUGUUAAACCAUCGACUGUACAAGGUGUGGCUGCAUCCAGAGUGGAUCUAUCGCUUAACGUCCUACUACAAAAUUCAGCAACAAUGUUACGCAACUGCCUACAAAAUGUCGCGCCGUGUACUUGCCUUGAAAAGUGAUGAACUAGCAGAAAUAAGGAAUCGUACCGCUAGCAAGACCUCGAAGCCAAACGAAAAGCAACUGACAGAUGAAUAUCGCAAACCUCAAAUCUAUAUCGAUCAGCUAUUUAGACUCGCCAAAGAAACGGACGUGUUCGAUGAGCAAGCCAUCAGAGAUGAAAUCGAUACGAUCAUACUGGGUGGAAACGAAACAUCAGCACUGACACUGUCCCACGUCGUUCUGAUGUUGGCCAUUCACCAAGAUGUGCAGCAGCGAGUGUAUGAAGAGAUUGUGACAACGCUUGGCGGUUCGAUUGGUGAGGUAGAAAACGAACAUCUUUCCCGCCUUACGUACAUGGAGAUGGUUCUCAAGGAAACCAUGCGCCUCUUUCCCGUUGGUCCAAUUAUUGCCCGUCAAUGCACGGAAGAUACGAAGAUUUCCAGGACAACUAUUCCGAGCGGAGUGACAGUGGUGCUGGGAAUCUUCAACGUACAGCGAAGUGAACUGCACUGGGGUUCGGCAGCGAACUCGUUCGAUCCGGACAACUUCCUGCCCGAACGCAUUGCUGACCGACAUCCGUACUGUUUUCUUCCGUUCAGUGCAGGGCCGCGAAACUGCAUCGGGUACAAGUAUGGGCUAAUGUCGAUGAAGGUAAUGCUGUGCCAUUUACUUACGGCGUACAGGUUUUCCACAGACCUCACGAUGGACCAGUUAACGUUAAAGCUAGACAUUACGCUUAAGAUUGCCAACAAGCACAUGGUACGUGUCGUUCGGAGGUAG